AUGGAGGCGAAGAAGAGAGCGGCCGCUGUUGCCACCCUGUGCAUGCUCCUCCUCCUCACGCUGCCAAAGCCAUCCCAUCAGCAGCUGUCCGAAGUCAAGUGCGAGUGCUACCGGAAGUGCUACCCUGGGUGCAACAACAGCACCCCUCCGUGGGUCUGCAAGGUGAUGUGCGCCUGUAGCUGCCCCUUCUUCGACGACAUCUCCGACCCCCUUCGCACCUGCUUGGACGCCUGCAACACGGACCCCAUCUGUGACCUGCCAGCGCCGUUGACCGAUCCUGAAGUUUGUGUAGACGAAUGCUACAAUGUGUGGGGCGCCCCUGGUCCCGAUCCCGACGAGGAACAUUGA